UCCCUGUGUGUGCGCAUGCGCAGUGUCACAUCCACAGUGGACAUCUUGGAUUUAAAGCGGUUCCGAACGAAUCCGGACAAAAGCAACGAUUUCAGGCCGCUGCUCUGCCAGAUCAUGUCUGCGAUCCUGUACCCUCGAGAUGAGAAGCUGGAGAAGCUGUCGCAGGAGGAGAUCAUCUCCAACACCAAGCUGGUGAUCCAGGGCCUGGAGGCGCUGAAGAACGAGCACAACUCAAUCCUGCACAGCCUCCUGGAGACCAUCAAGUGCCUGAAGAAGGACGAGGAGGCCAACGUGGUGCACGAGAAGUCCAGCCUGCUGCGCAAGUCUGUGGAGAUGAUCGAGCUGGGGCUGGGAGAGGCACAGGUGAUGAUGGCUCUGUCGAACCACCUGACGGCGGUGGAGUCUGAGAAGCAGAAGCUGCGAGCGCAGGUGCGUCGGCUCUGCCAGGAGAACCAGUGGCUUCGGGACGAGCUGGCCAACACCCAGCAGAAGCUGCAGAAGAGCGAGCAGAGCGUGGCACAGCUGGAGGAGGAGAAGAAACACCUGGAGUUCAUGAACCAGCUCAAGAAGUACGACGAGGACGUGUCUCCCUCGGAGGAGAAGGACGGUGAGCCGCCCAAGGACUCUCUGGACGAUCUCUUCCCCAACGACGAGGAGGAACACACUCAAGGCAGUCAGCACCAGCACAACAGCUCCGCAGUGGCAGCCGCGCAGCAGGGCGGAUACGAGAUCCCGGCGCGGCUCCGGACCCUCCACAACCUGGUGAUCCAGUACGCGUCCCAGGGCCGCUACGAGGUGGCGGUGCCGCUCUGCAAACAGGCUCUGGAGGACCUGGAGAAAACCUCGGGACACGACCACCCCGACGUGGCCACCAUGCUCAACAUCCUGGCGCUGGUGUACAGGGAUCAGAAUAAGUAUAAAGAGGCCGCGCACCUGCUGAACGACGCGCUCUCCAUCCGAGAGAAGACCCUCGGGAAAGACCAUCCCGCCGUCGCAGCAACUCUGAAUAAUCUGGCUGUACUGUACGGGAAGAGAGGCAAGUAUAAGGAGGCCGAGCCGCUGUGUAAACGAGCGCUGGAGAUCCGAGAGAAGGUGUUGGGGAAGGAUCACCCUGACGUGGCGAAGCAGCUGAAUAAUCUGGCGCUGCUGUGUCAGAACCAGGGCAAGUAUGAGGAGGUGGAGUAUUAUUACUGCCGGGCUCUGGAGAUCUACGAGUGCCGGCUCGGGCCCGACGACCCCAACGUGGCCAAGACCAAGAACAACCUGGCGUCCUGCUUCCUGAAACAGGGCAAAUAUAAAGAAGCCGAGGUUCUGUAUAAAGAGAUUCUGACCCGCGCUCACGAGAAGGAGUUCGGAUCGGUGGACGCUGAAAACAAGCCCAUCUGGAUGCACGCGGAGGAGAGAGAGGAGAUGAGCAAGGGGAAGCACAGAGACAACACGCCGUACGGAGAAUACGGAGGCUGGUACAAAGCCUGUAAAGUCAACAGUCCGACGGUGAACACGACGCUGAGGAACCUGGGCGCGCUCUACAGGAGACAGGGCAAGAUGGAGGCGGCCGAGACCCUGGAGGAGUGUGCCAUGAGGUCACGCAAACAGGGCCUGGACCCGGUCCAUCAGACGCGUGUGUCGGAGCUCCUGAAGGAGGGCGAGCGCCGCAGAGAGAGUGUGUCCAGUGUGAAGUACGAGAGCGGCUCCGAGGCGGGCGAUGAAGUGAGUAUGGCAGUGGAGUGGAGCGGGGACGGCAGCGGUGUGCUCCAGCGCAGCGGCUCCAUCGGGCGGCUCAGAGACGUGUUGCGCAGGAGCAGUGAGAGACUCGUGAAGAAACUACAGGGCAGCGGACCAGCAGACACACACAACAGCACAAUGAAGCGCGCCGCUUCCCUGAACGUCCUGAACAAGCCGACUGACGAGUCCUACCAGACUCUGGGCGGCAGACGACUGAGAGACAGCCGAGGUUUGAGCUCCAGUGAUGUGGAUCUGUACAACAGCAGCUAACCCUGUGCUCGACCAAACACUGCGCUACACACACACUCACGCACACACACUCACACACACACACACACACACUCCCUUUCUCAUGUAAAGCCAUAAACCCUUCUGCUCGAGGGGAACUGACGCUGCUUUGGUUAGUGAGCAGUAAUGAUCCAGGAACUGUACAACACUAGAGUUGCA